AUGCAUUCAUCGACCAAGAAGUGGAAAGCGCCCCGGGUCAAGGCUCGCGAAGAAGGCCAACGCAGACUCAAAGGCAGAAAGCAUCUCUGCCCUGAGUCACCUUUCUUUACAGAACAUUUCAACUUUCAGCAGCAAGAGACAAUCAUGCUCAAGGAGAAAGAGAUGUACCUUGAGAGGCAUGUGCCCAUUACCAUUCCAGUUAGGCCUUUUGGUGGGAAGAUCUUUGCCCCGUUGGUGCUUGAAAUCUUUAAUGAAGAUUUUCAGUACAGCGACUCGACAUCCAUGGAGGGAAAGUUCUUGCAGACCUCAUGCAGCCCAGUGCUUUGUAUGGCCACCGUCUGGCAGGAGGAUUUCGAGCAGAACAAGUUCUUUGUCUACCCUGCUAAUGCCCAUGCUACUUCGGUCGUCGCUCUCUUCCCCAGUAUCCAGGAGCUCAAAUUCGAAGGCAACGACAGAAUCGCCAGUAGCAUCGUUCAUCGCCGUUUCUUACCUUUUCCUCGUCAUCCUUGCAACCAAACCGUGAACUGGACCGUGCGACCAUACCUGAAGCCUCACAGCUUUGACGAAAUCAUGGAGAGUCACGCACCCACCGAGGAAGAAAUCUUGACAUUUGACUGGGAGAUUGGUCUUCCCAACGACGAAGAUCUUCAGAUUGGUCUUCCAAUGUCAUUCAACAAAGAGAAUGGUGAUUCUGGAAGCAAAGAUAGAUUCAGCAACGACCCUUACGAUGGCGUCAAAGCUGAUCGCUUACUUGGUCACGACCUCCUUGCAGCGCUCGAUCCCCAAAACGUCUAUUUCUGA